AUGUUGAAUAUCCCAGCCUUUAAUUUCAUAACAGUGUGCGUCCCUGACUCUAACCUCAUGCAGAUGAAUAUCCCUGCCUUUAAUCUCAUACCAGUCUAUGUCCCUGACUCUAACCUCAUGCAGAUGAAUAUCCCUGCCUUUAAUCUCAUACCAGUCUAUGUCCCUGCCUCUAGCCUCAUGCAGAUGAAUAUCCCUGCCUUUAAUCUAAUACCAGUGUACACCCCUGCCUCUAGCCUCGUACAGGUGAAUAUCCCCGCCUUUAAUCUCAUACCAGUAUACGCCCCUGUCUCUAGCCUCGUGCAGGUGAAUAUCCCCGCCUUUAAUCUCAUACCAGUGUACGCCCCUGCCUAUAGCCUCGUACAGGUGAAUAUCCCCGCCUUUAAUCUCAUACCAGUAUACGCCCCUGUCUCUAGCCUCGUGCAGGUGAAUAUCCCCGCCUUUAAUCUCAUACCAGUAUACGCCCCUGUCUCUAGCCUCGUGCAGGUGAAUAUCCCCGCCUUUAAUCUCAUACCAGUCCAUGUCCCUGUCUCUAGCCUCGUACAGAUGAAUAUCUCCGCCUUUAAUCUCAUACCAGUUUAUGUCCCUGUCUCUAGCCUCGUACAGAUGAAUAUCUCCGCCUUUAAUCUCAUACCUUUUUUUGUCCCUGUCUCUAGCCUCGUACAGAUGAAUAUCCCUGCCUUUAAUCUAAUACCAGUGUACGCCCCUGCCUCUAGCCUCGUACAGGUGAAUAUCUCCGCCUUUAAUCUCAUACCAGUCUAUGUCCCUGUCUCUAGCCUCGUACAGAUGAAUAUCCCUGCUUUUAAUCUAAUACCAGUGUACGCCCCUGCCUCUAGCCUCGUACAGGUGAAUAUCUCCGCCUUUAAUCUCAUACCAGUCUAUGUCCCUGUUUCUAGCCUCGUACAGAUGAAUAUCCCUGCCUUUAAUCUAAUACCGGUGUACGCCCCUGCCUCUAGCCUCGUACAGGUGAAUAUCCCUGCCUGUAAUCUAAUACCAGUGUACGCCCCUGCCUCUAGCCUCGUACAGGUGAAUAUCCCUGCCUUUAAUCUAAUACCAGUGUACGCCCCUGCCUCUAGCCUCGUACAGGUGAAUAUCCCUGCCUUUAAUCUAAUACCAAUGUACGCCCCUGCCUCUAGCCUCGUACAGGUGAAUAUCCCUGCCUUUAAUCUAAUACCAGUGUACGCCCCUGCCUCUAGCCUCGUACAGGUGAAUAUCCCUGCCUUUAAUCUAAUACCAAUGUACGCCCCUGCCUCUAGCCUCGUACAGGUGAAUAUCCCUGCCUUUAAUCUAAUACCAGUGUACGCCCCUGUCUCUAGCCUCGUGCAGGUGAAAAUCUUGGUAUCUAAUUUCAUAUGUGCAAUACUGAGAGACUUUUCACAUUAA